UCGGUCUGGGGCCGGUUGCGGUUCCUAUCCAAAGCCCGGCUUUAAAAAGACCAGUGCCAUCCAGUAAGCGAAUCAUAUUGCAACCGACAUCCACACCAACAUGAAGCUGUUCUUGGCUGUGCUGGCCCUUUCUUCCUUGUGCUCCGCAGCGCCUCAAUUCGGAUUUCUACCUAAAGCUCCUCUCUAUGGCCAUUUGAUUGGCCGGCCUUUGGUGGCUGAUCUCUGGUCGUCUGAAGAUUUCGAUCCAGUCAGCGUCGAGGAUGAUUCUUCAGAAGAGGUGGUCGUGCCCAUCACCCUGGAACAGGCAAGGGUCAGGCUGAUGAGGUACAUGAGAGAGCUGGAACGUGACAUUGAAGAGGACAUUUUCGAAAACGAUUACCUGGACGUCCAGUCGUCCCUCUACAAAUUGAACAACAGGGUGUGGCCGAAAAUGGUCUAUUUAAGCGACCAGAUCUACGACAAUCUGCUGCUGGCCAAUGACGUCAAAGCCCUGGAACGCGAGCACAAGAUCCGUGUCGGUCUCAAGCGCGACGUGGCCCGAAUCCGCUUCAAAACUGGAACUCGUAAAUGUCCAUCACCUGACGAAUCGUUCUUCGCUCCGACCAAACGUUGCGUUACAGUUGAAUCGAGCGAGGCCGAUCUCAAUCCGUGCGCGUCCAAGAAAGACAUGCUCCUCUACGACGGAAUCGACAACAGGGCCGUUUGCGAUUGCGUCGUCGACGAUCGCAAUCUGGUCUUUUCCGAGCUGGAUGGCCGUUGUCAUCGUCUAAACCAACAGGGUCCUUGCCAAAACGGCACAUGGUUAAUCAUGUCAGCCGAGGGCAAAGUUGUUUGUGAAGAAGUACCUGCUGAUUGCGUCGCUGACGGUGAACACGUUUACUGGAGCCCCGAUCCAUUGGUGGCCAAACCCCAGUGCGUCCAGCUGAGCGUUCGCGGAUCUUGCGCCGAAGGCGAUCUACUUCAACGGAACCGUUCGGGCGCAGUCGCGUGUCGGUCCCCUUCCAGGCCGCAACCGCUCGUUCAACUGCACACAUCGUGCCCUCCGGGUAGUUUCCGCGGGCAGAAUCACCAGUGCCCCAUCUAAACGAAUAUUGUUACGCAUCAACGCAAUUUGUUAACCCGUUUCUUGUUUUGUUUCUUAACUAUCUGUUAUUUUAUUGAACGAUAUUACCCACAAGCACUUUUCAUACGUACGUGUGAUGUAACACUACUUCAUUUAAAACACUUGCGAAUUCAAAAUACAGCCAGGGAAAACUGCG